AAACUUUGACAAUAAUAAUAAUGUAAACAUAGAUCGCUAAUGAAAUCUGACACGUUUGGUAUACAACUAUAUGGCCCAACUUGAUGCGUGAUAGCAUCAAAUUAGAGAACUGAUUUUUUUAUUCAUAUCGAUUAAAAUGAUGAUGGCUAAUAUGCAAUUGACGUUGAAGAUGUUGUCGACAAUAUUAUUGACCGAUUGACCUGCACAAAAGAAGUAAUAACGAGCUGACAUGUGAGAAAUGAGAUAUCGAUUUUAACUUAGAAGAACCCACAGUUAAACAAUAUACAAGACAUAUAAAUAUUGAGUGGGUAAGGCAGAGAAAAGAAGACACGCCGAUAGUGAGACAACGAGAGAGAAUAAGCACAUCACACACUCUAAGCUAAUAUCCAGAUACAAAGCGGAGACUAGCAUAAACAGCACCAUGGAGUCCGAGUCCAUGGAGCAGGAUAUUAUGCUUGACGGCAACGAAGAUCAGAUGUCUACAUCAAAUACAUCCACAAAUAGUGGUACUUGCGAAGCAAACGGAUGUGGAAAAAAAUCGUCCAUAACAUCGCCCGAUCCGACAUUGUAUGUGACAAAGGCGCGUGUUACGCGUCCUACGCCUCCGCCACCAUCCAAGAAUCCAAUGCAAUUUGUUCAAAUCAAGCCAUGCAAUUUAUAUCAGACGGCACAGGAGCAGCUUAAAAAGGCCGAGGAGGUCAAAAAGCUGAAGGAGGUGAAAAAAGAAGAGCCCGAGGAAUGGCAGAAUAACCUUGAUAAUUGGAAAUCAUCACGGCGAAAACGUGUCGAACAUAUCAUAGAUCGUGUGGUGGAAACAAAGAAGCUCGAACUGGAGGAACAUGAUCGUACUAGACGAAAAUCAAAAACAUUUACUGAAAUGAUGGAGGAGCGAGCUGAGCGCAGCGGCUCGCGUGGACGUGUCAAAUUGGCAUCCCUUGCCGUUUAUAACGAGGACGAGACGAAUGAUUUAAGUGAUUUGGGUAUCGGUACUAGCAGCGCUAGCGGUAAAAGCAGCUUGUCGGAGGAUUAUGAUAACAACAGCGUUAUGAGUGACAACGCAGAAUUGGACAAAGCCAUUGGCGCAGCAGCAGCUAUAAACAUUAAGGAGCAACAGAAUCACAUCAACAGAAAUCGAAUUGAUAAUAACAAACUUUGUAACCAGGCAAGCACAUCGAAUACCAGCAAACUGCAGACAGUCAGCGAAGCAACAGCAGUAGCACCAGCUACACGGGAAUUUAUCAUGUCGCCUGGCUACGAUACCUCGUCAAGUACAGCGCUGGCCAGUACACCUGAUCCUUGUGAGUACACCUAUGAAGGGGCCAUACAGGAUUACAAGCAACGCGUACAGCGGGCCAGCAGCAAUGGAAGAAUCUGCAACAACAAUGGAUCUGGCGAUGGUGAAACCAUUGGUUAUCCCACACGACGUGGCAGCAAGAUCGAGGAUCGGUUAAGUGGUUUCGAAGUAACAUCUCCCAGUGACACACAGGAGGGUGUCGAGAAGCAAAAAGUGGAUGUACCUAAGGUAGACAUAUCAAAACGCAAAGAGAUCUUUGAGCAGCGCGAAUCUGAACCAAAGCCCAUGAUACCCAAUGGCGGAUCAACCAAGCCAAAGCUAAUGAUGCGUGAGCGUUUGAAAAAUAGUAAUGACGCUGCUCCCGAACCCACGGCCAAGCAGGAGAUUAAGCGUCUGUCCGGCGACAUAUGCAGCAUACGUGAUCGCAUGCAGAGUCUAGAACAGCAGCGUAAUGAGUUCAACUCCAGUAAGAGCGUGGAUGUUUCAGUGCUUCCGUUGAAACAGCGCCUUAACAGUCUGCAACAGCAUGCCGUUACCAAAGAGGAGGAUCAACAGCAGCAAAAGAAACCACCGCUCGUAGCGCUUAUCGAUGCCAGGCAGCUGGAAAUAAUGCGUGGCGAGGAGCUACGCAUGCGACAACAACAGCAAAAGGAACAACAGCAGAAGUCGAUAACGCAGCCAGCGCUGAUUGUAGAAGAUGCAGCACACGAUGAUAGCGGCAUUCAGGCGGACAAUAACGAGGAAAUACUUAAGGAGCAGCAGCAACAGCACCAACUAAACGAAGCAAUCGCCGCACUUGCACUCGAGGAGCGUCAGCUCGAGGAGGCAGCCAAUGCAGUCAAUCAAAUUGAAGCUGAGUUUGAUGAGCUCACUGAUUUGCAGCCAGCAGCGUUGCCCCCUACCAAUGUAACAGCAGCAACCAUAUCAGCAUCAUCAGCAACAGCAACAUCCAUAACAACAACAACAGCCACUCAACCAGCGGCUCGGGAUAUGGAAUUUAGUAUCAACGAAGCUCUUGAUUUGGCGCUGGAAGCUAUUGACAGGGAGGCCAACUGCGCGCCGGAGGAUAUGGAGGAGGAGAAACAAAAUACCGAAAGCAAAGCGAAGAUGGAGAAGUUGGAGGAUGAACAUUUGGAAGAAGCGAAAUUAGAUACUAUUGAGAUAAGGGCGAAAGGGGAGGAGACGAAUAUUGCAAUGCCAAAUAAAACGGAUGAGCAGAAAACAGAGGAGGAGCUAGAGAAACAGGAUAUUGAGGAACAACAACAGCAACAACAACAGCUGACAAUCGAGACAAAGGAGCCCAUCUAUGAGAACAUCAAGUCGACUAUAUCUAUGCAAGAAGUAGAUAAUGAACAGACAGCGAGCACAAUGUUAAUAAGACGUAGCCACAUAAGAAGCAUUCCAAAUAAUAGCAACAAUAACAAUAAUAACGAGCAUAAUCAAACUAACAGUAACAAAAACAACAACAAUAAGAGCAGCCGCAGCAGCUUCCAAAUCGAAACGAAUGCAAAAACAACAGCUGUUGACCUAGAGCCCUAUUACCAAGUGCCUAAAGCAACAGAGCCCUAUUACGAUGCACCCAAACAUCUCCGCCCUAUACCCGUCUACGAGAACAUUGACAUCUUCUACACGGGCCUGGAGAUGGGCCACUGUGUCGCUAGUUUGGCUCCAACACUGGAGCCGCCCAAGGAGAAACCACCGCCACCCCCCACAGAGGAGAUAAAUAAAGUCAGCCUCAAUGUACAUGAUGAUGAUGAGUUAGAUGCCGGUACCUGGUCUUCGGACAACACGUACGAGACCAUAACCAGUAGUACGCGCCACCAGCUGCAAAGUCAACCAGGCCUGGGCAUGCCCACGACGCCGCCCAUAAAACGUAUGAAUUCGACAAAGCGGAUCAAGAAUGAGCUGCGCAACAAACGUUCCAGUUUCCUGGGUAUCGAGACCGACGCCGUUCUCGAUGAUGUAGACAGUUAUCUUCAGCUUACGGUGGCUCCACCACCGGAUAUGGCGCAGCUGCUACAGGAGGAGCAACGGCUCGAGAAACAACUGUACAUCAAGGCGGGUCUCUGUGACAGUUCAGAUACAGGUGAAAGCCGAGACUCGGGAGUCUCAGAGAAUCAUUCACGUCAAAGUAGCGAGCACUAUACGAACUCUUCAGAGGAGAACGAUACCCAAUCGGAGGCAACGCCGCCGCCGACGGAGGAGCUGGCGCCAUCACAACUGGUCGGCGAUAUCAUCUAUCAAAACAAAUCGCUGCUGGCCGCACAGACCCCGCUGCUGCAAACGGUAAAAGGCAACUCUGCUGAGUCGUGGACUGAAUCUGCUACGGCGGCAGCGGCCGCAACCCAAUCGCUGAGCGAGGCCACCGCUACGGCCAAUGCAAAGAUGUUAUCCAUUGAAGAGAAGAUACGGGAACAAGGCGAAGUGCUACGCGCAGAACGUGAGCUACUGCAGUUCUCGCAGGAGGAGCUGAAAAGACAGCGUGAGAAUCUUCUGCUGCGCGAAAAUCUGGCGCGUCGUGAGCUGCAGCAUGGAGUUAAGAUGUUGAUGUCUAACAAUCGGCGCUCGUUACAAGAUUUGCACCAAGGCUUGGGCAUUGCCAAUGGCAUGCUAAGCGCCUUUCAACCACCACAGCCGCAGCAGUCCGUGCAACAGGCAGCGCAGCAGAUAUAUGCAAAUGUACCCCAGCAACAACAGUUGCAGGUGCAGCAGCAACAACAGCAGCGAUCAUUGCCAAAUGCACAGUAUCACUAUCAGCAGCUGGACAAGGACUAUCGCAAGUCCAUGUCAGAUCUGAAUGAGUUCUCCAAGCGUCUCAUGCUACCGCCGACGCCGCCCACAAAACCUUUACGCGCUAUGCACUUCAACACCAAUGGCCUCAGCCUGGAGCCGGACUAUUCGGUUAGUAAGCGACAACGCAAUGCCUACGGCGGCUCUUUAGUCAAAAUUGCAACAGCUGCGCCCGCAACGCAUCACCAAGCUAAUAUAGCAGCUGCCGAUCAUCAUCAAUCGGUGCAGAACCUGAGCAACAUGUCGCGCAACACGCUGCUGGCACUGAGUGCUACUCCCAAGCCUAAGUACACCGAUGGCUGGGUGCAGGUACAGCAGCAGCAGCAGCAACAGCAACAGCACCGCAAUCUGGUCAAUGACGCCGCUUGGCUCCAAAAGCGUAAAUCCAUGCCAGACUAUAACGGGGCGCUCUACAACAGUAACCAUGCCAAUCACUGGCUACUCCAAGAGGCCGAACAUCGCCGUCUACUCGAGCAACAGCAGCAGCUCCAGCAUCUGCAACUGAACAGGCGCUCGAUGCCCGCACCCACAUCCAACGGAAAGCCUCUGCCCGAUUCUAUUAUACAGACGCUUACAGAACGUGUCCACAGCAAAGGCAUUGGUGAACGUAAGCGUUUCGACAGUAAUGGAACCUAUAGUCAGUUAAUCAACAACAACAACAACAGUAACAACAACAGCAACAUUGUUAUAAACAACAGCAGUAACAGCAGCAAUCAAGAGAAGAUGCUCAGCGUUAGUGGCAAGAAGAAGUGUUCGCAUUGCGGUGACGAAUUAGGUCGCGGAGCUGCCAUGAUAAUUGAAUCCUUGCUACUGUUCUAUCACAUCAAUUGCUUCAAGUGCUGCGUGUGUCAUGUGCAACUGGGCGACGGACUGAACGGAACCGAUGUGCGCGUACGGAACCAUAAACUCCACUGCCAAAACUGUUAUUCCAGCGACGAUGGUAUCAAAUUCAGUUGCGUCUAAGCUAAUGAGGAUGUCUGGAUGGGCAAUAGGUGGAAGAUUGGUUGCAACUUUCGAUUGUUGUUGUUUUGUAUUACUAAAUAUAUAAAUAUUUACAUAUUACCCACACAUACAGGCA